CUUUCUCUUGCCUGAGAUAUAUUACCUGCCCUUGUCCUCCCAGAGAUUGAAACCUCCCGAUCGUCUUAUCUCUCAUAUUAUAGGCAGGUACUCAAGAGCACCUUGCUUUUCUGAUUGAGACGACUCCUAUCUAGUAUACUAUCGCUUUCCCCGCGGUAGUAUCAACAACAACCCCCGCUUUUGGCAAUAAACAAGAGUUUCAACCUUAUCGGACGUCGGUGUUGAGUAUCAACCAUGUCAGCCGCCGCUCAUGACCCUCGUCUCCUCUACAGCGUCAACAACAUCACGGCUUUCCACAUUCAGAAUGGCGAAGAAACUGACCUCACCCCAUCGGGUCCCCAAACCCUUGCCCUACUAAUGGUCCCGACAAAUGCUCCUACACCUCAGAGCUCCUACGAUGCACCAGCAGAGGAAGAUUUCUAUCUGCACCUACAUCUUCCCCCUGAGUUGGAAUUGGCACUUCCAGCCUCUACGCAGAUCUACCACCAGCCACCAAACAGCUAUCUAAUCCCACGUUGGGAUUUGGGGCCCGAUGCAGGUGCAUUCAUCCGCAUACAAUUCCCGGCCAUUGGGAGCGGUCCCGGUCAGGUGGCCCAGGAAGAGGUGGAUACCUUCGAGACCAUUCUAGCACAAUGUACCGCGUUCCUGGAGCGAGCAGCUCCACCGAAAGGGCAUGCUCCGUACAACCCAGCUGCCUUCGCGCCGGGUGAGGGGUAUAUCUCAUCCGCGAGCUCUGAUCGGAAGGACGCUCAUGGGCGGAUAGUGCUCGUUGAUGAGGAGGAUGGCAGUGUCGUUGGGGAGAUGGAAGGAUACGAUGUGGUUGAGGAGCCUGGUGUCAAGCCUGGCUCUAAGAGACCGGUGGAGAUAGAGCUUCCUGCAGAAGGCGAAGGCAACAGAGUCAACGUCAGUAAUGUAUCUGAAGAAUAUUUGCAAAUGGCUCGGCAUCCUGCAUACAAGGGCUCAACACUUGUUCAAACUUCCGCUACAGCCUCCCGCCUGAUUGUGACCGGUUCUUCAUAUCUUGCCAAUAUGAUGAUGAGUGGGGCCGAAUCGUUUACCAAGAAGACAAAACCUAAUCCAAAGCCCAUGACCUUCUCCGAGAACACCCACACAAGGGUCCGGAAAGUUGGGUCUUUCACACAUGGUGCCGCCGACCUCUCUGCCAAAACCGUUGGCCAGGUUGGUAAGUACGCGCAGAAUCUCGGAGCUUCCUUGACCCGCCGCAAUCAGGACCCCAAGCGCAAGGGUGACAAGGCAGUGAACGGUGACUACAAUCCGGGCAUUCUGAACAAAUCGAUGAUUGCGUUCUCGACGCUGGCAGAUGGUAUUGAGCAGAGUGCCCGCACCGUACUAACUCACGGCUCAGCUGCUGCCAGUACGAUGAUCGGACAUCGUUAUGGAGCUGAAGCCGGCUCUGUGGCAAGCGACUUGACCGGGGGCGUGAAAAACGUGGGACUAGUCUAUAUCGAUGCCACAGGGGUCAGUCGCAAAGCAGUCCUUAAGUCUGUGGCUAAGGGCAUGGUUGUCGGGCGCAUGCGCGAUGGAAAGCAGGUUCUUGUCGGUGGUGGUGAUGGCGGAGAUCUCCCUUCCGGUGCAGGGGGCCGGAGCAAUAGCACCUUAGGACCAAAUGGCCGUGAUCCGGUUGCAAGACGCCCAUCCCCGGCACCCACUCCACCCCCUGCCUAUAGUGCUCGGAACACAACCUCGCUCGGUGGAACAAGUGUAUCAAGGGGGAAACGGUGAAGGCGGAAUACACAAGCAUCUCGAUAUAGUUUCGAUGAUUAUCUUUGUUUCUUUCCCCUUUCGUUGUUCGGCUUUCUGUCAGUUCCUCUUAUAUGACGGUUGGACUUCAUGACUAUUUGGCUAUAAAAUUGUUAGCGCUUAGAGCUUGAUAUCAGUUACGGCGCGCUUAAUGUUCUAUAUUAAAUUUUUGUACAUAAAUGUUUUCAAAGACACCUAAACCCGAGCAUAGAAUCACUCCGUCCUAAGAAAUGAAAAAAGAAUGGCUCACAGGAUUGUCUUCUUCGGCCAGCCCUGGUAAAUCAGAUGGUGCACUUCAGUUUAACAUUCAGGAUUGGUUCAAAGAUGAAAGGCGAUAAGAGGAGCCUAGACUUAGUGAGGUAAGGCUUGAGUAUCAAGAAAAUCAUUCCCCC